AUGUCAGUCAGCCCAGCGCCGUCGCUCCAGCUCGCGGAGUAUCUCGAGAAGCUCCCUGGUACGACCUUCAGGAAACUCUACCAGCAACCCUCGACCGCGUUUGCUAUCUUUCGGCGCAUGCUGCCGCAUCUGGCAAAGACCUUUGUCAUGCGCAUCCUCUACUUACCGAAGCCGAUUCUUCUCAGCGACCUCGAUGACUGGGUCAAGCCCAGUCACAAGCGGCAAAAGGACCAGGCCUUGUCUAUCCUGCGCGUUCUUCACAUCGUCUCAAUAUCGACUCCGUCAAAGGAACGACCCCAGGAAAUGCAACUAACUACCAACUUCAAAAUCUCACUCCGACUUGCGCUGUCCGGCGGAGGCACCCAUAACUCCUUCGGUGUGCCGUCGAACCUUCAAAUCCCCUCCGAAAUCGACAUCGCUUUCCUCGAUCGCUACGCCCGAAAGAAAUGGGAGGAUAUCCUGCACUUUGUUGUUUCUAGCGUAGGCUAUAAGAGCGCCGGCGAAUCUUCUGGACCGAAUAAGAGCGUGAAAGAACUCCUCGUCGCGGGUCGUCUUGUUGAUCGCAGACCUAGUGGUAGCAUCGGCAUUACGCAAGCCGGCUUUACCUUUUUGCUACAAGAGGCCAAUGCUCAAGUCUGGACGCUGCUGCUGCUCUGGCUCGAGGCCAUGGAUGUUAACAAAAUGGCUGGCCUGGAAGCUACAGAUAUGCUCUCGUUCCUCUUCGUCCUCGCCAGCAUGGAGCUCGGUCGAGCAUACGACACGAAUGCGCUGACCGAACAGCGCAAGAACAUGCUUCCCUCACUGGUUGACUUUGGCCUAAUUUACAUCCCUAAUCAUAAACGAUCUAUGUUCUUUCCGACACGACUCGCCACAACACUUACAUCAAGCGGCAACAGUCUUCGCAGCAUCAGCGACGGUGUAGCAGCCGCCACAGCAGCCGCCCUUCAGCCGGGUCAGUCAGGCGCACCUGGCAGCAGCGUAGCGGCCACCGGCAACGAGCAGCGCGGCAGUGUCAUUAUCGAAACCAACUAUCGAAUCUACGCAUAUACACAAUCCACGCUACAGAUUGCCGUUCUCGCCUUGUUCACCAAACUCGUGAUGCGCUUCCCCGACAUGGUCGCCGGUCGUGUAUCUCGUCAAUCCAUCCGCCAAGCUAUCAACUUUGGCAUUACAGCCGAGCAAAUCAUCUCAUACCUCUCUGCCCACGCCCACGACCAAAUGCACCGCACCGCCGCACUGAACAACAAACCCGUGCUCCCACCCACAGUAGUCGAUCAAAUCCGUCUAUGGCAGCUCGAAAACGAACGCAUGAAAACAACCGGCGGCUUUCUGUUCAAGGACUUUGAGGAUCAUAAGGAGUACAUGGCCGUUGCAGGGUUCGCCGAAGAAGUGGGCGUUUUGGUGUGGCGGAACGACGUGAAAGGUAUGUUCUUUGCAAGCAAGCAUGAGCAGAUCCGUGACUAUUUGCGCAUUCGCAAGAAGACUGAGUAA